CAAUAUUCAUGGCUUCUUCCUUUCAAAAAUUCUCUCUCGCUCUUGCUGGGCAUUUUUUUUUCUUGAGUUGGUUAUGUCUAGAUAUGUAAUUCAAGUUGUUGUUUAGUUUGUAUGGAAAUUCGGUAAAUUUCUUCAGCAUAAGUUUGCUUCCAUUUCUGCAGCUUUCAUCUUUUUGCUUUCUCUUUUUACAUCUACGGUUUGCCUCUCUUGACAACUUCUUGCUUUUCCUUCUUUCUUUUUUAUAUCUUCAGCUUCUAAGUUUGAGCAGCAUGUUGGUCGCAAGACGAAGCACCCUAGGAACCAGAUAUACUUUGUGAAUGACAAGAUCCAUCAGAUAGUUUAGGAGUUGAGAAGAACCUCAUAGAGUAUGCUAUUAGAUGCAAUCCAGACUGUGUUUGGCUCUCCUAUAAAUCAAAAGGCCUUCUACACUUGGAAAGAAUCAUUUGGAGACCCGCGAGCUUCAGCGUAUAUAUGGGAAGGAAAAGCUAAACAUAUGAAUCAUGACUCAUGAGUUACUAGAACUUGCUGUUUCUUUUGAGUCUUUGCCGGGUAAGUCAACUACCAGGUUUUGAGCAUUGCAGGAGUUGUACGGAGUAUUCUGUGGCAGGCUGAUAGGCCUAAAUUUGUAUCUGCACUCUAUCAGACCAACUGUGGAGAUGUUAGUCUGAAUGUGCUUGCAUUUAUUAGAGAAGGUGGCUAGCUUGAUUUUCACAUUCAGUGUGCGCAUUACUUUCCAUCAUCAUCAUCAUCACUCUCGAUUCGUCAAUUUACAGAGGGCUCUUAUUCAGAAGGCUUUACACAAAUGUGAGAAGAUUUUAGCCGAGUUGAAGCUGGAGCUGUGCGGUACUAGCACUGCUGCCUGUGAUCAGUACUCUGAAGUGGAGUUGCGGUCUGCUGCUGCUGCUCGAAUUGUCACUCAGGAUGACGUGAACGAAUAUGCGGCACUGGGGAGGAUUUUCAUCCUACAUUAAAGCCAUUUCAGCUAUGAUUGGAAUAAAUUUUCUUGUGUUUUUGGUAAUUCAAGUUCUUUCUCUUUUCUCUAUUUUUUCUGCUAACAACCUAUUUUUUCUUAUGUAACAAUCGAUUUUUUUAUUCUUUUUUACUAAGCUUCUCACACUCUUUCUUUUACUUUUUUAUUUAUUUAUUAAUUUUUACUAGCAAGAAUACAACAAUGUACAGCACUGGAAAAUAGUUACAGAAUUUGCUAUGUAUUUUUCUUUGUAUUUUUCCAUCUUAAAAUGGUCUUUGUUAUA